AGUGCAGGGGAGUGGAGAGACGCUGGGAGAGGACUCUCACACACUCGUCACACACUCCCCACGUACACACGCAACACACACCCCGAGGACAGAGGCGCUCAUAGCUCCGCUCUGACAGUCUGCGCUCUUUUCUCUUCACUCGCAGCGAAGCAAGAGGAAGGGAAAAAAAAGUUUCUGCGCAGAGACGAACGGACCGGGGAGGGUGCCAGAAAAACGCGCACAGCCCGGUGCUUCGGUGCUGCCUCUGGUCGCGUCCAGCAAGUUGAAGGUGUCCCCCGUGUUGCGCGCCGCGCUCCUCCUGCGGGGUCUCGUUCUGUGGGAUUCCUCCUUUUUUCUUGCUGUUGCGCACAGAAUAACCGGCUGUUAUUGUGUGGGUAAAAGCCUCAAGCGGAGGAAGAAGAGGGAUAAAGAAAAAAAGGAAGAGGAUCCGGACCAGGUCGCGCCAAAGGAGGCGAAAAACUCACCAGGUAUGGCGGCGGUGUUGCCGAGGACCCUGGGUGAGCUGCAGCUCUACAGGAUCCUGCAGCGGGCUAACCUCCUCUAUUACUACGAGGCUUUCAUCCAGCAGGGCGGCGACGAUGUGCAGCAGCUUUGUGAGGCCGGCGAGGAGGAGUUCCUGGAGAUCAUGGCCCUCGUCGGUAUGGCCAGCAAGCCGCUGCACGUGCGGCGCCUGCAGAAGGCACUGCGGGACUGGGUCACCAACCCGGCCAUCUUCAACCAGCCGCUCACCUCGCUGCCUGUCUGCAGCAUCCCCGUCUACAAGCUGCCCGAGGGCUCCCCCACGCUGCUCAGCGCUCAGGACCGGACCAACACCGCCAGCGUUAAGAUCCCCAAAGCGAUCGCCGCCGACCCCGGGAAGCUGGACGUGGCGAGGGAUAAAGUUUCCACCGGGUCGCCCCUGCAGGGGGGCAGCGAGGUGCGGUUCUGGUCGGGGCACAGCAACGACAGCGAGCACAGCCUCUCUCCGUCGGAUCUCGGCUCGCCCUCUUCGCCCAGAGACGCCAUGGAGGCCUUGGACGCGGCCGCCGUGCAGUCGGUCCUGGAGUGUGUGGACAGGAUGGCGCCGGGACUUCCUAAGACGGACCUGGCCGAGGUCAAAGAGCAGCUGAAGAACAACAAGAAGCUGGCGAAGAUGAUCGGACACAUCUUCGAGAUGGGCGACGACGACCCUCGCAGGGAGGACGAGAUCCGGAAGUACAGCGCCAUCUACGGACGCUUCGACUCCAAGAGGAGGGACGGGAAACACCUGACGCUGCACGAGCUGACGGUGAACGAGGCCGCAGCUCAGCUCUGCAUGAGGGACAUGGCUCUGCUGACGCGCCGGGACGAGCUGUUCGGACUCGCCCGGCAGAUUUCCAGGGAGGUCACCUACAAGUACACCUACCGCACCAGCAAGUCUCGGUGCGGAGACAGAGACGAACCGUCCCCUAAAAGGAUUAAAACUGAGGAGAACUUCUUCGACAUCCAGGAGGCGCUACAGGCCAUCCACAUGAGGCAGGAGAUGCUGAGGGAGCAGCUGGCCUGCGCCAAGUCCAAAGGAGAGGAGACAGUCGGACGAAACCUGCAGAUGCAGCUGGAGCGUCUGCUGGCGAGGCAGAUGGAGAUCCUGCAGGACGCCGCCGUGCAGGAGCGGCUCCAGGCUCUGGACUGGAGGAUCCCGCCCGCCGCCUUGAAGUACCUCAGCGACGCCCAGAACACCAACGGAGCGACAGCCGCCGCCGAUUCAAGCAGGGACAGCCACGACGAUCGACCAAUCAACUUGCGAGUGGUCAGUCAGAGCAUGCAGGAAGGCGACCUCCCAUUGGGCAAACAGCUAGCCAACGAGCUAAAGCGCCAUCACAACCACAACAACAACAACAGCAACAGCACAGAUGAGGCCAAAACACCAGCAACAGAAAACGGGACGUCACAGCGGGUGCCCGGCAACGCAGAGAAGAAGAUCAUCAAAUCAGAGCCAGAAGACUCCACAUAGUGCCUCCCGCCUCUCCGUCAUCCCUCCCUCUUCAUUCUACUCACACUUGACAGUAUGCAGUUAUCACGCAUCAAUAGAUACUAAGCAAGCACAGCCACAGUAGAGCCUUAACAACCAACGUUGCCUCAUGAAUAGCAUUUAUUUUAAUUUGUCUCUUUUGUUUUUAAAAGUAUUUGCCAAAGCACCAAGAGAGCGCAUCAGGAAGCCCCUCAGUGCUCUGCAGGUCUUUGUGUUUUCAUCGGAUGUACAUGUGAUUUAAACUCGGUACCUCUGCCUGGGAGAUGCUCUCUGUGGAGAGGCUGUGCUGCCAGGGCCUGAAUCUUAACUCCAGUCUUACUGUGGAGGCUGAAGCAUUGGUUGCUGUUGAUGCAUUUAGCAAUUUCUAUUUAAAAAAAAAAAAAAGUUGUGAUCUGCUUGUUAAAACUCACACUGUUGUAGUGCUCAUCGGGGCGUUCAGUGUAAAAGCCACUAAAUCAAUCCUACCUUUGUACUGAGAGUCAAUCAUGAACACAUCCAUAAUGGAUUUUUAAUGCUCCUGUAAUGUCUUAUGACUUUCAGCGUACACACAGGCGUUUGCUGGUAUAUGUAAGCAGAGGGUGUUGGCAACUGAGGAACAAGUACUGUAAGGAGGCCGAGUUAAGGUGCAGCCCUGCAGCAGGUUGUCAUUUUUUUUUUUAACCUUUGUGUCGUUUCCUUCACACGGUCGCACGCUUGAGGCGGGACUGCCCGCUGCGUCCUCG